AUGUCAUUACCAAGACGCACUUAUCGAAUAACAGCCAUCGUGUCAUCGGCAUUAUUCGUCAUAUUUAUUCUACCAUAUAUCUUAACUCAUAAUGAAGCCGACUUUGUAGAAGAUUUUGCCAAAUAUACUUUAUCAAACCAUCAAUCAUAUCAAAAUAAACCAAAAUUAGUUAAUACCCCUUCAGCUCCAGAUAUUUCUGCAUUGAAUCCGACCAAACCUAGUAUAAAUUCAAAAUCAUCUUCUUCUUCAUUGAACGGCUUACCUGUUCAAUCUCAAAAACAACAAUCCCAAACGAACCAAGAACCAGAAUUUACAGAUCCUACCAAAUCCAUCUUAAGCCGUAUACCUAUGAUCGGUAAGCAUUAUAUCACCUAUGUAUAUAGUAAACAACAACAAGUACUAAAUGAUCGUUUAUUAAAAGAUUCAAUCACUACUAAUCAUAAAUCAAUCCUUAAUGAACCAAAUAUUGGAUUUGUUAAAUCAAAUGAAGUUCAUGAUUUUUGGAAUCAUGUCUUUACUAUCUUUACUGAUAAUAAAUUCAAUAUUACUGAAGGUGAAGAAUUGAUUGUAUAUACUAAAAGGGAAGAAUCAGAAGAUGAUGAUAAAAAGGAUGAUGAAAGUAGUUAUGAACCUGAAGGUGAUCAUUCUCCUAGUUCGAAAAGUAAUAAUGUUAAAAAGAACAAUCCUUAUUCCAAAAAAUCUUUAUUAGGGAAAGCCAAUAUAACAGAUUAUAAUAUUCAACAAAUUAAAGUUAAUCAUGCUAAUGUUUUACGUCAAUUACCUACUAAUUUGGAUCCUGUAACAUUUAAAAAGGAUUCAAAAGGGAUAGUUUUAAUUGGAGGAGGAUUCUUCAGUUGGUUAUCAUAUUUAUCAAUCUUACAUUUAAGAGAUAAUGGAUCUAAAUUACCUAUUGAAUUGAUCUUACCCCAAUGGCAAGAUUAUAAUAAUGAAUAUAAAAUGUGUAAUGAAAUCUUACCUAAAUUAAAUGCCAGAUGUGUGGUUAUACCCGAUGUUUUAGGUCAUCAUGUGGUUUCAAGAAUUAGUAUUGGAAGUUAUCAAUUAAAAUCAAUUGCUAUUGCUAUAAGUACAUUUGAACAUGUCUUAUUUUUAGAUUCAGAUAAUAUUGCGGUAACUAAUCCUGAUUCUGUAUUUGAUUCCAAAGUUUAUAAGAAAAAUGGAUUAAUUCUUUGGCCUGAUUAUUGGCAAAGAUCUUUAAGUCCUAUUUAUUAUGAAAUUGCUCAAAAACCAGUUAAUGAAGAUGUAAGAGUUAGAUGGAAUAGAUAUCCUUUAAUUAAUGCUGAAUUUAAAACAGAAACUAAUAUUGAACAAUUUGAAAAUUAUAAUUAUCAUGAAUAUUUAGGUACUAUACCAGAUUUAUCAACUGAAUCAGGUCAAAUUGUUUAUAAUAAAGGUACUCAUGGUAAAUCUUUAUUAAUGACACUUUAUUAUAAUCUUUAUGGUCCACAAAUUUAUUAUCGAUUAUUUAGUCUUGGAGAAUUAGGUGAAGGUGAUAAAGAUACAUUUAUAACGGGAGCAUUUGUAACCAAUACAAAAUAUUAUCAAGUUCAUUCCUAUAUUCAAACUCUUGGAUAUUUUGAUGAAAAUGGAUAUCAUGGAAUGGCCAUGGGUCAAAAGGAUCCUAUUAUAGAUUAUGAACUCUUAAAUGAGAAUUAUGCUAAAUUUUCCAAGUUAAUCAGUGCUAGGAAACCUAAAUCUAAGAAUAAAAAGAAGAAAAAGAUUGCUGGUACUCAUAAUGAAUUCAUUGAUAAUUUCGAUGAUGAAAUUGAUGAUAGAUAUGAUCAAGUUGAAUUAAUUGAUGAAAUGCAAACUCAUUAUUUCGGUGGUUCAUCAGAAAUCCCAUUAUUUGCUUUACAUUGUAAUAUUAAAAAAGUUAAUCCAAAAGAUUAUACUAAUGAUGAAUCCAUUAGUAAUUUUGAUGAAAAUCGUAUGAAACAAAGAAUGUAUUCUCAAUAUAGAUUCAAGAUCGAUAAUGAAGAUGUCGAUUUUGAAUUAAAACGUUGGGAAUUGAUUCAAAAGGCUCUUUGUAUUGAUAAGAUUAGUUUCAAAGCUUUAAAUGAUAAUGAUGACGCUUCUACGGUUAAUAAAACUUGUAAUUAUAUUAAUAAUACUGUUAAUUGGUUAUUUUCAAAUUCAGAAGUUGAACUUGCUAAACAACCAGCAAAGACUACUCCCCUUCCAACAAAGGGUAAAUCAUAA